CCUUCUCAAAUCCGUCUUCUUUGCCCGCCGAUCGAUUCACUCAAAACCCAGUUACAUUUUUCCCUUUCUGCAUCGUGUACCAAGAACCCUUUUACUUUUCCCCCUCUACGCCGAUUUCAACUCUCGCUUCGCCCUCGAUUCCUGGGUGUGCAAACAACAGCGAUUUCAAGAUGGAUAAGAGUUUAUGGAUUAUGGCGCUGUAGCUUCUCUUCUCUCGGGUCUGAAGGAGAGCGGUGGAAUUAAAAAAAGGCUGCAGGGUCCAAAUGGGUUUGUGGGAUCGAGGAGUUGAGGUUGUCUGAACUAGGCAAUCCGCCAUUUCAUCUUCCCGCCACACUAAUUUCAAGAUGAGUUUAUGGGUUCUGGCCAGGCAUAUCGAUUCCAGGUAAUAGAUAUCGGACGGAGGUAAAUGGGUUUCGAAGAUAUUGAUGGACUGGGACAACAGCAAUUCGGAUCUGGGCGGCGACGAGGAGGAAGGAAGCUUCGACCUCGACCUCAACGAUGGCGUAGGUCCAAUCCCUUUCCGUCGAGAGCUUGCUUCAAACCGCGCCUUGUGGGUUCGUGGUCACGGAUUCCUCUCGAGCCUGACCACCCUAUCAUCUACGUCAAUACCGUAUUUGAGAAGAUUACUUGGUAUCGUGUUGAGGAGGUGAGGUGCUCGGCCGCAACUGGGUGCGAUAUUGUUUUCGGGUGUUGGCCAAUUUACACUUCGGAUUUGAAGCAAUUUACCCUUCACGGCAGCUGCUUUCGUUUCCAUCCUAGCGUCGCCCUCCGGCCAUCCUCUGUUCCCAACCAACGUGUCAUCGUCCCCUAAAAUCCUAGACUAUACCGGCGAUCCAAAACCCAGUCUCGGAAUCAGAAUCCACCCACCCAACUUCUCUGCUUCUGAAACCCAGUUUCCACUGAUUCCCCGCUCUGUUCCUGUUUUAGCGUCCUUCUUCUGUUUGAAUCCCAAAUCCGUCUGAUUGUUGUUCUUCCUUUGUUCUUCUCCCCGGCUCCCACUCUACUUCUCCAGUUCUACGUCGGGCUACCAUACAGCUUGGAUGAAGGAAUUACUAGCCAUGUUCGAUCGAUUCCCCAUUCCGUUCCCCUUCUAGCGACCUCCAUUCGCUUGAAUUCCCAAAUCCAUCUGAUUGAUGUUUGACAUUCUUCUUCACCUCAGUUUCCCGUCUGCCUCUCCCGUUCAACGCUGAGUUGUCGUCCAUAUGGGAAGAAGGGAUUACUGGCCAGUUGGCGAAUCUAUAUACACAACAGUUGUUUUUCCAAUCCCAUGAUGAUCGUCUCACUGUGAAGAAGGGUUUCUCGACCGCGGUUCCCACUUCCCAACCUCAUCUACAAUUGGUACUUACAGCCUCUACGAGAAAGAAGUGAAUGGGGACGGUGCGUGGCAAACGUAACGAGCAAGGUGUUAGUGGUUUAUCAUUGGAUCAAUAAUGCUAAUCCCUCUUUUUGUUAUACUAUAUUCAGCUGCACCGUUUUCAACUUUCUUUCCCUGCCCUUUUAGUGUACUUAACCAGUAAAAUCAACCCCUUUCA